CGGUGAUCUCAUCAGGAUUUUCAGCAAGCGUGUCGGCAGGAGCACUCAGUUCGCCAGUUGAGCUCUUGCAGCGGGUACCAGUCUGCUUGUCUAACACAUCUAUGGAACAUUGAGACCCAACCUGUUUUUUCUGUUGCUUGAUGUAUGAUCGUUCAGUGGCUGUGUACCUUGCUCGUGCUUUCUGACUUCAGGAGUGUUUUUUCCCCUCGCUUAGUGGAAUAUCUCUUGUGUUUUAUGGGGGCUGCAUUUGAAUCACAGUGCCUGAAGACGAGCAAACCUUGAACAGCAAUCAAACAUCAGGCAAGUCCGUGAAUGACUGGAACUACCUUCAAGAGGAAAAUCAAGAUUAUAAGUGGGCAAAAAUAUAAAAUUUCCAAUCUCCAUAUGCUGCUACAAACAAUGGAUUUCAAAAAUUGUUUGCUAUUCUGCAUUACCAUACCAGCACUGCUAAUGCCAAGAGUUCUAUCUACUUGUCCUUCUAUGUGUCGAUGUGACAAUGGAUUUGUUUACUGCAAUGACCGUGGCUUGACAUCAAUUCCUGCCAAACUACCAGAAGACUCCACAACUCUUUUCCUACAAAAUAACCAGAUUAACAAUGCUGGAAUUCCAAACCAACUGAAGAUUCUAUUGAGCAUAAAAGUGAUUUACCUUUAUGAAAAUGCUUUGGAUGAGUUUCCAAUAAACCUCCCCAGAUCACUGAAAGAGCUGCAUCUUCAGGACAACAACAUUCGAGCCAUUACUCAUGAUGCACUCGCAAGAAUUCCUUUGUUGGAAAAGUUACAUUUGGAUGAUAAUUCAGUGUCCACAGUUAGCAUUGAGGAAGACGCUUUUGCUGACAGUAAGCACCUUAAAUUGCUUUUUUUGUCAAGGAACCAUCUCAGCAGCAUCCCUUCUGGUCUUCCUAAAACACUGGAAGAAUUGAGAUUGGAUGACAACCGGAUUGCAACCAUUCCACAGUAUGCAUUCAAAGGUUUGAUCAAUUUGAGGCGCUUGGUAUUGGAUGGUAAUCUUUUAGCUAAUCAAAGAAUUGCAGAUGAGACUUUCAGUAGACUUCAAAAUUUGACUGAACUUUCAUUGAUCAGAAACUCUCUGAGUUUUCCACCAUCAAAACUACCUGGUUCAAAUUUACAGAAGCUCUAUCUUCAAGAUAACCUCAUUAGCUACAUUCCACCCAAUGCUUUUUCUAAAAUGAGACAGAUACAGAGACUGGAUAUCUCAAAUAACAAUUUAACAAAUUUGCCCAAAGGAGUCUUUGAUGACUUGGUGAACUUGAGUCAGCUACUCUUACGCAACAAUCCUUGGUACUGUGGCUGCAAGAUGAUGUGGCUAAAAGACUGGUUACAAACAACUGCAUUUCAUGUCAAUGUGAGAGGGUUGAUGUGCCAAGGCCCAGAUAAAGUUCGAGGAAUGGCAGUCAAAGACAUCAAAACAGAAAUGAAUGAGUGUUUUGAGAUUGGAUUGCAUGGUGGCAAUACAGCUCUGAAGACAACCCCAAUUGUAUAUACAAUAACUGCCACUCAAGGAUUACAAUUCGCAUAUAAACCAAGGCGACCAUAUCUUAAGUCACCAGAUUUUGACGUGGACCAUCCUUUGUCAGGAGGGUCAGGAACAAAACCAAUAAUCAUUAACGUUCUGCCUUUAACUGCUGAUAGUAUUCGUAUAACAUGGAGGACAAUGUUGCCAGUCACAUCCUUCAGGCUUAGUUGGCUUAGACUUGAUCAUAACCCAUCAGUUGGGUCCAUCACUGAAACCUUGGUACAAGGAGAUCAAACUGAAUAUCUUCUCACAGCUCUUGAACCCAAGUCAACCUACAUCAUCUGCAUGGUAACAAUGGAAGCCAGCAAUUUUUAUGUAAGAGAUGAAACUCCAGUCUGUGCUAAAGCAGAGACCGCUGAUCUAUAUAGUUCUACCACAACACUAAACAGGGAGCAAGAAGAAUCGGACCAUGUAGCCGUUCCACUCGCUGGGAUUAUUGGAGGUGCCUCAGCCUUAGUUUUUAUUAUUGUUGUCCUUGCUGCAUUCUGCUGCUACAUCAACAACAAUAGGAAUGUUUUCUCACAGGAUCAACCAUACAAUAGAGGUUGUAGGAAAAAGGAUGACUAUGCAGAAGCAGGGACAAAGAAAGAUAAUUCAAUUUUAGAAAUCAGAGGGAGUGGGUUUCAGAUGAUUCCUCUCAAUAACCAACAGCGACCAAAGGAGGAAUAUGUCAUUCACACCAUAUUUCCAUCCAAUGGGACAAGUCUUUACAAGAACAGUCAUAGUACAGCACUUGGCAGUAACAGAGGUUACAGAGACGGUGGUAUACCAGAUGCCGAAUACUCUUACACGUGAUUGCAGUGAUGCUUCCCUGCAUUAUUAUCUCCAAUGCACUGCUAAACAAAAGAUAUUUAAAAAUAAAAUCAUAAAAACCAUUAGGGACAAAACAAAGUCCAGCAGAAUAUGCCUGGCACGAUAUUUUGUACAUUUGUCAUAUAAUUUAUAUUUAAUAUGCUUAAAAGAUUAAAAAAGCUGGAUAUUUAGAAAGAAAACACAGCUUCCUAAUUGUAUUCAAGCCAGACUUUCGUUCGCAUUUUGACUAGAAGUGGGAUUAAGAAUGAAGAUCCUACUCUGGAAUCAUCAGGCAGUCUAAAGACUACCAAGCUUUUUGAUUGUCAAACAGGUAAACAACGUAGAUAUUUUUUAAAUCAAUCAGUCUUUCCCCACCACUUUGAAGAUUUACUCAAUAUGGUCCAACAAGAGGCUAUUUACAUGCACACAUAUAUUUACAAUAUACAUCCGUUUCUUUGUGCAGGAUUUAAAUAUUCCCCACACUUCCAGUAGUUCCAUCUGUUGAUGCUAUGUUUUUCUUAUUUCUGUAAUGGUAUUUUAAAAGAGGAAACUAGUUUUAAAAUAUUGAGUUCUUUAUGACGUUUUAAGAGCUUUUUGUAAUUGGAAAAGAAACAUAAUUUGAAGAUAAUUCUGCUGAAACAUUCUUUUAAAAUUCGUUAGAAAUUUGUGUAUUGUAAAAAUAAAAAUCUAGAUUGUGAA